CGGGAUCUUUGGAAAAAACAGGAAUGCGCUGAGAGUUUUCUUUGCAAGCUGUCCUUCUUCUCCUCCUGCCUACACGCUGGAAAUCGUCCCUCUUGACAUGGAGCCGUGGCCACUGGUGCUCCUCUUCAUCCAGCUCUGUCUCUGCUCUGGAUAUGAAGGGUCAGGACACUACGGAGACGACGAGGAUUGGUACUCUCGUAACUAUAGAGGAACCCCAUGGUGUGCGCCAAUUAAGCUGAAGCAUGGUGACGUGAGCUGCAGAACACCCAGAGGGGAGCACUACAGGAACGUCAUGGGAACCCGGUGUAAAAUCCGCUGUAAGAGGGGCUAUGAAUCCAUGAAUUCAGAGGUGGUGUGCAUGGCAAGCAAGCACUGGUCCUCCAACUACGCUUGUCGUGAGAUCCGCUGUCCCAAGCUUGAAACGCCAACUUAUGGAGGCUACAAAUGUUCGGAUGGCUCCUACUUUAACUCCCGCUGUGAGUUCUUCUGUUCUCCUGGAUAUUCAAUGAAGGGCCAGAAAACGGCGGUAUGCCAGUACAACAAAAUUUGGAGUGCCACAGCUCCUGCAUGCGUUGAUAUUGAUCCACCCAAAAUCAAGUGUCCUAAUGUCAAGGACAAGUGGGCAGAACCAGGAAAAUUGACAGUGAGAGUGACCUGGGACACACCUGAGGGUUUGGACACUGCAGACGGCAUCCUCACAGAUGUGAUCUUGAAAGGAAAACCAUCAAAAUCCGAAUUUCCAGAGGGUCUCCAUAAGAUGUCCUACACUGUGUUUGACCGAGCUGGAAACAAAGGAUCCUGCCGGUUUACCAUCAGAGUGCGAGUGCGUCGCUGCAGCCCGCUCUCCCCCCCAGACAAUGGUUACAUGAAGUGCGACAGCGAUGGAGAUAACUACGGUGCCACUUGUUAUUUCACCUGCACUGGCGGCUAUGAGCUGCACGGCAGCGCUGCCAGGGUUUGUCAGUCUGGACUCUCCUGGUCUGGAUCAGACACAACAUGUGCACCCAUGAACAUUAAUGUGGGGGUGCGUACAGCUGCGGCGCUGCUGGAACAGUUCUAUGAGAAACGACGGCUCCUCAUUAUCUCUGCACCGACGGCUGCCAAUCACAAUUACCGCUUCCAGAUGACCAACCUACAGCCCGCUCAGUGUGGACUGGACCUGAGACACGUGACGGUUAUUGAGCUUGUUGGGAUCUACCCGGCACAAGUUGGACGAAUUGGGUACAGACUUCUAACGCCUGCACUGGCCCUGCAGCUCAGGUUACUGCUCAGGAUCCCUCAGAGAUCGUUCCAAAUGGUGCUGGUGGACAAACAAGGCAUAGACAAGCAGCGCUAUCCAUUCCCCAUCACAGCAGCUGAAUUAUUCACCACAAUCGACACAUUCCCCCUCCGUAAAGACGAGAUGGUGUUGCAGCGGGAGGCGGGUCAGACCUGUCAGUAGUAAUAUAGGAGAGCCCAUUCAUGGAGCAUUGAUCUUUUUUUUUCCACAGACAGCUCAGAUCAUCAUUUUCCACCCAUAUGUCACACACUCCUCUUUCAACUCCUGCCGUAUCCAUGAGUGUCUUUGUGUUUGUGUGUGUGUGCGAGGGGGGUGUAUGUGUAUCCGUGUGUCAUCAAAGAUAUCUGCCAAGUUGCUGAUCUGAGGCUGGUCUGAACAGAUCACGCAGUGUAAUCUAGUCACAUUGAUUCAUCUGUGUCAUAUUGUCAUGUUGUAUCUUAUUUUUUAUACAUUUUCAGAGCAGAAAUAUGUUUUACUAUUUUGUAAAAAGUAAUGUUUGGAGAAUUUCUAUCCAUUCGAAUAUUUAUAUCUUACAUCUUACUUUUCGCUGUAAUUUGAAUCUAUAAAACUAAUAAAAAAAAUGAGUAAUGCAGAG